GCUAACUGAGCUGUCGUGAGGUCAAGCGUCUUUACCUUCUGUCUCCUGCAGUUUUCAGCACAAAUCUCAGACAUGAACAAGUGGAUCGCCAUCUUCCUGGUGAGUGCGCUCCUCAUGCUUCCUGCCGAGGCGAAGUCGGUGGGUGGACCGGGUGACCCCCUGCCCCUGCCUGCCGAUGCCAGUGAGGGAGAAGAUGUGUACAGCGGGCCGUUCUACAUGGAUAGCGGGGAGGACAUCAACGGAGCUUUGGGGGAGAGGACCAGCCGGGGGAGUCGAAGCAGUGACGCUUCCUUCUGGAGGCUGCUGAACCUCUACCGAUUCCAUCCUGGCGCCUCCUUCGACUGGUGCUACUGGCCCGUCAACGUGCGUCCAGCCAGCUGCUUCAAGAACGGCGUCCGUCCAGGGACGCCUGUCAGAAUGUAGUCAGCUCAUACACCACCGCCGGUACGGUGGUUAACCUCAGAUCAGGCGUCACGGAGGUUUCCUGAAUGCCAAUGAGAACAGUUGAUAAUGUCAAAGGCAUCGCAUGCUGCCUUGUCGUGAAUAUUUUCUCGAUUGUCUUCUACGUUGACGUCAGACAAUUAUUUGAUUAACGAUCAUCAUCUGAUGCGAAAAAAAAAAGACCCAGUUCUAUCAAGAACUUAGAGGAGCACAACAAUCGAAAAAGAUGAUGUGAAAAUAUCAUUCACCCAGAGAAAGGUGAAGAGAAAAUAAAUUUAUGAAGCCGA